CGCUCCUCCAACGCAAGCAGCGGCAACAUUGUAGCGGAGAAACGCCAGCGGACUGGAAGCAACGAGGGGAGCACCACGGAAUAGACCCCAUUAUAUUGUUGUGUUUCCCCCAUCUAGAUCGUAUUCUGUCAGGUCUCUCUGAAAAGUGAGUCGAUACACCACUGAGGAUGUCCGUGGCAGGGCUGAAGAAGCAAUUUCACAAAGCCAGUCAGCUGUUGAGUGAGAAGAUAAGUGGUGCUGAAGGGACAAAGCUGGAUGAAGACUUCAUGGAGAUGGAGAGGAAAAUCGAUGUCACCAACAAAUCAGUGUUGGACCUCUUGACCAAAACAACAGAAUACCUACAACCUAACCCAGCUUCUAGAGCCAAGUUGGGGAUGUUAAACACAGUGUCGAAGAUGAGAGGACAGGUGAAGACCACAGGAUACCCACAGACCGAGGGCCUACUAGGGGAUUGUAUGAUGCGCUAUGGACAUGAUCUGGGAGAUCAGUCCUCCUUCGGCGGUGCGUUGGUGGACAUCGGUGAGGCCAUGAGAAAGAUGGCCGACGUGAAAGACUCUCUGGACAUCAGUGUCAAACAAAACUUUAUUGACCCACUGCAGAACUUACAGGACAAAGACCUCAAGGAGAUCACGCAUCACCUGAAGAAGCUGGAGGGGAGGCGGUUGGACUUUGACUAUAAGAAGAAGCGUCAGGGGAAGGUGCCUGACGAGGAGAUCCGUCAGGCGGUUGAGAAGUUUGAGGAGAGCAAAGAGCUGGCUGAGAGGAGCAUGUUCAACUUCCUGGAGAACGAUGUGGAGCAGGUGAGUCAGCUGUCAGCGUUGGUUGAAGCAGCGUUAGACUACCACCGUCAGUCCUUGGAGAUCCUAGAAGACCUCAACACCCAACUACAAAACAGGAUAUCCUCAGCCAGCAGUCGACCGAAGAGAGAAUUUAAACCAAAGUCCAUCAUGAGCAGCAUUGAGACCAUAGACAACACUCAGCACAAUGGAUCAUAUAGCUCCUCACUCAAGUCCUCAGACAUCCAGAUCAACCACACAGUAAAUGGAAAUGGGAAAACUGAUCCCUUCACCACCGUUCCUCUGUCCUGGCCAGAGAGUCCCACUUUCAACGGCCACCAAUCGGAGGUGCUGGACCAGCCGUGUGCCAGGUCCCUGUAUGACUUUGAGCCAGAGAACGAUGGCGAACUGGGCUUUAAGGAGGGUGACAUCAUCAUCCUCACCAACCAGAUAGAUGACAACUGGUACGAAGGCAUGAUAAACGGAGACUCUGGCUUCUUCCCAAUCAACUAUGUGGAGGUUAUCGUACCCCUGCCCCAGUGAGACAGGAACGGACAGGACACCACCCAAUCAGGGACCAAUCUCCAGAGCCCAACCUCCUCACAGCCGCCCCUAGUCCCUACACCCUAUGCACCUGUGGAGAUCUGAGAGGAUUUUGUUAUUUUGAUCUGAGAGCUAUUUCCAUAUACAGUGGGGCAAAAAAGUAUUUAGUCAGCCACCAAUUGUGCAAGUUCUCCCACUUAA